ACGAAAACAGUGGAAAAUUCAGCAUAAUGAAUUCAACAGAUGUUUGAUAAUCGGACAGUUUUAAACGUGCUUUUUUGUUUGAAAUAUUGGCAAUUUCAAAGACAAUAAACUAGCUGUGUCAAUGAAGCAUGACAAAUGAAUGCAACACAAUGAACAUGAGGUCAUUUCCUUUCAAUAUAAAACAAUUUAGGCAAAAAUCUUUUCUAUUUGACCAAAAUAAGACAAACGAUAUAAGUUCACCCACUUUUUGUAAAGCAACAUUAUUGCAAUGGAACUCGUCAACUCAGGGAAAAAAAUUUCAUCUCUCAAUAAAAGAAAUGAGAAAGAUAAUGUGUGGGUGAAUUCUGAUGAUCUUAAAAUGAAUAUAGAGAACAUGGAAGAAAGGAAAGACAGUGAAAUACAAUCAAGAAAUGAAACAAUUACAAAGAGUGAAUUACAAGCAGGGAAUGAAGGAGCAGAAAAAUUGAAGAACGAAGAAAUAGAGAAAAAAUGUAGCGAUGACGAACUACCAAACGAUAAAAUACCAAACAAAACAAAAAAGAAAUCAAAACGACGAAGUAUCUUCAAUCGCAAGAAAAAUUCGAGCGUCAAAAAUGCAAAAGUACAAUCGAGCAGUAAAGACAAUGCACCCAAUGUUGAAAUAUGGGACAGCCGAGAGUUUUCUACAGAUAAAAAAAUGACAACAGUUAUUGGUGAUCAACAUGUCGUUGUAAAGGAAGAAACGAUGAAAGUGGAGGAACUGGGGCACAGUGACGUAGAAAUUUACUACAGCGUGGGCGAGCUUAGCGAAGAAGAAGAAAAGAAUGAAGAAUUGUCGUUAACUGCAAACAAACGUAAAACAAGAAAGAGUUUCUUUAAACGUGGUCUAUCGUUAAAGCGUAGAAAGUCAAAAAAUCAAAACAAAAACAAAGCAAAUAAAACAGAGGAAUGUGUAAAGAAGACAACAAAAAUCCACCAACAAGCGAAAAUCAAGAAAACGGUACUUAUGAAUACAGCGAGGAAAAUAAUGUUUUGGUUGACAAGAAAGAUGCACCAAGUGAUAAAGAAAAUGAUUACAAUGGUGAAAAUGAAGACCUAGAGGAAAAAGACAGCAAUGGUGAAAAUGAAGAUCUAGAGGAAAAAGACAGCAAUGGUGAUAAUGAAGAUCUAGAGGAAAAAGACGGCAAUGGUGAUAAUGAAGAUCUCAGAGUGAAAGACUGCAAUGGUGAAAAUAAAGAUGAUAUUGAGGAAGAUGAUGACCUAAAUAAAACAAGGAAAAGAAAAGUGUCAUUUGCUGAUGCCAGUGGCCCCAAACUAGAAUCACCAUCUGAUCUUUCUCAAAAAGACAUGCAUGUCAACAACUCUGAUGACGACACAGUUACAGCAGAAGACAUAACAUGCGACCCGCUUGACACAGCAACGAAAAAUGCCAAUCUUAAGAUUGUUAUAACAACUUCAGGUGAAGAUGACGAGCUUACUGAAGUAUCAAGUAUUGCGUCAGAAUUAUUGGCUUCAUCAGAUGCUAAAGAUACAAUAUCAACCUCAGAUACCAGUCGUUUGCUUAUGUUUAUUGACACAGAAGAGACUGGAUCAAGAAUUACAUUGGAGGGAACCAGUGAAGGCUCUGAGUAUGAGAUAUAUCAAGAAAGAAAAACCAACCAUGUUAAUGAAGUUGAGUCAACUUUAGAGAAGCCCAAGUAUGAUGGUAAUAUUCUACAUAAAGACUUUGACUGCAGCUUGGAAGAAAAAAGAUCUGUUUAUCACUCAGAAAUCACAAAAUUGCAAAGUGAGAAAAGCGUGAUUGAAGAUAGGCAACAAAUCAACAAAUCGUAUGAAAUGUCAGUUGAGUUAUCUCAAGUACGCAAACAUACUUUGUUUGGAAUAAAAAGACUGUGUUGUGCAGUAAUGUAAAUGCUACAAAACAUUUACUAGUGAGAUGAAUUUAAUCUUUAAGGUUGUGGAUUUAAGUUAUCUUUAAUGUUUGAGAUGCAGUAAAUAAAUAAAAGAUUUUGGAUUUAAAAAUGUUUGGUUACACUCUAUGAUUGAAGAUGUUUUUAAAUUAUAAUUUUGAUUGACAUUUUGUUGUUAUCGAAGGAAUAACAGACACAACUUGACAUUUUGUUUUAUCAUUGUA